CUUGUUUUUCAAGCUGUCAAGAGAUAAGCUUUUUUAUUGACAGAUUUAUUUUAGAUUAGUUUUUCCAAUUAUUUUAAAUUAAUAAUAAUGUUUAAUUUUAGUGAUAACUAUUAUGAGAGGAAAUGUUAUCUACAACGGGAACAAGUGCCAACGCAGAGUGUUAUGAAAAAGAAAAUGUCCCCUGCGCUUGCCAAUGUCUACUUCAAGUCAAUGAGACCGAAGCUGAAAGUACUUGCUGGCUUAGAACCACCGAUGAAAGGAGGCGGUAGCGACUGGUUUGCGCCCCCUAGUGAACUGCUUAAAGGCAGAGUUGUCCUUAAACCGAUGAAGAAAGAGUUCCUUACAAAGUUAGGAUACAAUGGUAUAGACUUCUUUGGAGAGAAACUAGUGGCUCACUACAAAAAAUGCUUGGAAGAAGAAAAAAAACAAGCGCUACUUGAUAGUGAUACUAACUGGAAGAGGCGGAUUGAGGCCGCUUGCCGACAACAAUGGGAAGACACUUCCAAAGAAUCUGCAAGUUAUAAUACUAACCAAAUUCGACACGCUUUUCAUGAGUUUACCUACUUGUAUUCUACAUCGAUUAAUAAAAUAGAAUCAUUGCUUUACGAUGCAGCUAUUGAGGAAAUAAAACGAAUUAAAGAUGAGACGCACAAGAAUAUGACUAUGCGUUUGGAGAAACUUGUGAAAGUACAAGCAACCGAGCUUUACGACAUUUACUCAGAGAAACUAGCUAAAGAAAAGGCCCGGCUGAAGGCUUUGUUUAUAGAGAAGUUAGAACAAUCACGUAGCGCCAUGGGUGUACAAUUACAUGAUAUCAACGUGGAAAAACAUCUGGCCAUAGAAAAGCUAAGAAAUUACUUGGAAUGUCAAAACUUGGCGUGUCGAGUAUACGUAGCAUUAAAAGAAAAAGAAGUUUGUGAAAAAGAAAUGCAACAUUCCAAACGUCAGCAUGAGAAAAAAGUUAAACUUUUAAAAGAAGAAAUCGCUAUGAAAGACUUUGAGAUUUUACUCGCAAAUGAGAAGGAGUCGAAACGGGAAGCGUUUAAUAAAAUUUGGCAGAAGAAAAUAUGCGAAGUCAUCAAGAAGCUUCAAAUAUUUAUUGCGUACUGUCUGCAUUCUUUACCAGACCACGCAGAAUUUUUUGUGAACAUGGAGAAACUAAUGAUGUUGCAAUUGAAUGAAGCUAUGGAAAACCCGAGCGCAGAAAGUGUUUUCGUAGUUGAAGAUGACCAAUUUCACACCCCUGUACCACGACCGCAUCCUUUUUUCCUUUUUUGCGAUAAGGGUUACAAGCCGACUCUGGACCAGGAUCUUUGCCCAAAACACUGCUCUUCUAGCGCUUCACAACUCCCUGUUAUUGUAGUCAAUAAAAGGUGUAUAUACGCUGCUUGUGAUAACUUUGAAAUUUUUACUGAUAAGAUAAAGCAGUACAUUCAUGGUAAACGUGGAGACGAUAAAGAUUUUAUUGAUGACCACGACAGCACUUUUGAUGUACCAGUAAAAUUUACUCAGUCGACACAGCUGGCAGAGUUGAAACUAAAAAGUUCUUUGAUGCAAGUCCUCCAAAAGGAACACCCAAAUUUAAGAAAUCUAGAGACUGAAUGUCUUUUAUGCAAAGUCCCUCACUGCUUCUGCGAUAGAGUGGAGGCCAAGGGAGUGCCAACCGAGACGCACUACACAGGAACAGAGAAAGAGCCCUCUUCGCAUAGUAUUCCAUCGGGUAUUAAAAUAGAAUCUAGAGCUGUGGAAUUAAGACACGAUAGGCAGCCCAAAUGGGAGAGUUACCUGGAUUACAUUGAACCAAGGAAGUGUAAAUGUCCCAAGACCGCGAAAAAGAAUUUACGAGAACAUCUACCGGCUUAUAUGCGAAAUACGUCAAUUUUCGAAUCGUCAGAAUUGCCACUUUACGAACGUUGUUCGCUUACGACACUCAAGCACUUGGUUAAGAAAAGGCAGGGCAAACGUACACCUCAGAAACCGAUUCAAGUUGAAAGCAAAACUAGAGAUAUUUGCACGCAAUAUUCAGAUCACGAGUUUGAUCUGUUAUGCACUUGCAUUUCUGACGACGAAGUAGACCGUCUUUACAGAGAAUUGUUCAAAGAACUAAAGACUGGGAGUUUCCAGAUUGUCGACGGGUCAUUCCCAGCAGUGAAUAUAGAUGAAACGUCUAGUAAUUUUGCAACUGAUAGAGCGUAUUCACUUAGGAAUCUAUUGGCCACUUCUCCUGACCUAGAAGAAAUCUUUAGAAAGAAGGAUUGCUAUUUUUAAGCCUCAUUCAGACAUCCUUUUCAAAUACUUUUAAAACGCUUCAUUAUAAUAUCAAUGUUAUAUUGUUGUAAUCUUUCAUGGCCACUAACAUUAUAGUAAUAUAAAUUAUUUACGGGAUUGUUACCAUGUACCUUGUUUUAGCGAGUUUCCGAUAUUUCGGCA